CCCCGCGGUUUCGUAUUGGUAUAAUCCAGAGAGAAGGGAAGAGAAGAGAAGUCGGCCAUCAUCGAAGUUUGCAAGCGUUGCACAGUCGUCUGCCAGAGCUAGGGUUUCGUUUUAACGCCGUCGGUGGUCUUCGUUCUCUCCUUCGUCUAGGGUUAUGGACACUACAGCGAUGCAGAGUAGUGUAUUGGCACUUACAGAUCUGGCAGUGCUGCCCAUUAGUGCAGUUUUAAAUGCCAUCAAGAUGAUCAAGAAUGAAGGAGUGGAGCAGAUUGAUCCUCUAAUCAUCACUCAAGCUUCAUUACUAAGUCAGCUACCAGUGGAUUUGUCGUCUGUGGAUACCAUCAUAUUUAUCUGUAGGUCAUUUGAAUUUCCUGGUGAUCAAUUGUUUGGGGAAAUAUCAAGAGUGUUGAAGCCUGCUGGAAUGGUCCUACUUCAACAGUAUUCUGAAUCUGCAAAAGGGCAAAUGAUAACGUCUUCUCUUGAGCGCAAAUUACUGGUGGCAGGGUUCCUAGAUGUCCAGGUUUUUCCUGUGAAGUCAGUUUUACCAUCCGAGGUUGUACAGUCUGUUGGGAUUAAAGCCAGGAAGCCUUCUUGGAAGAUUGGUUCAUCCUUUUCUCUCAAAAGCAAGCCCACAAAAAGCUUGCCCAAAGUCCAGAUUGAUGAUGAUAUGGAUCUGAUUGAUGAGGAUAGCCUCCUGACUGAAGAGGAUUUGAAGAAACCCCAGUUGCCACCUAUUGGUGAUUGUGAAGUUGGAAGUACAAGGAAAGCCUGCAAAAAUUGCAGUUGUGGAAGAGCUGAGGAAGAGGAGAAAGUGCAGAAGCUAGGACUGACUAUGGACCAGCUGGACAAUCCUCAAUCAGCAUGUGGCAGCUGUGGACUAGGUGAUGCUUUUCGAUGUGGCACAUGCCCUUACAGGGGUCUCCCUCCAUUCAAACUUGGCGACAAGGUUACUCUUUCUGGGAACUUUCUUGCAGCUGACUUUUAAGAGAUUGAAACUGGACGUGUCCCUGGUGUGUUGGGGUUCGGACUCUACACGAUUAUCACUAUCCGUGAAUGAGUGUCUUCUUCACAUGUUUGAUGUAGUCUAGUCAUAUAUUUCUGCUUCUGACUAAAAAACUUCUAAAAUGAUAAACAAGGCCAUACCCUAGUUUGGUGUAUACUGCCAACAUGAUUGUGUCGGUGAAAGUAAAAGUGCUUAGUUUGUAAUGAACAAAAUUUUGAUUUAGAUGGCAGAUUACUUUGAGGAGAAUAAUUGAUUUGCGUUUGUUCUGUAUAAAAGUUGCAGUUGUUUGGCAAUCUCUCAUGUGGAGAAGUUACAAUGGAUACAGAAGAAAAAUACAUAGUUAUGCUAA